CGCGCUUCAGCUCCGUGCAGGCCUCGCCGACGCUAUUCAUGGCGGACUGACGCAGCGCCCCGGGAGGCAGGUCGUGGCGUCACUUCCGCCUCGACGCCCGGAAGUAGAAGAGGCGCGUUUGACAUGCUCGGCUGCAGGUGGGCCCGGCGGGGCUGCUGGAGCCCCUUCCGCUCUGCGCUCGGCUACAGGGGCGCCUCUUCGGCGGAGGACGCCGGAUCCGGCCGGGCCAAAAUUACUUUGGAGUUGUUGGAUCAUCUGGAGCGACUGGCGCUCGUUGAUUUCCGUAACUGGGAGGGCGUCCGCCGUUUGGAGAGCGCAGUUGAAUUCGCCGAACAACUUCAAGCAGUGAACACUGAUGGAAUUGAGCCCAUGGAAUCGGUGCUGGAAGACAGGCAUCUCUACCUCAGGGAAGAUAGCAUCUCGGAGGGGAACUGUGCAGAGGAACUACUGAAGAAGGCUGCAAAGACUGUUGAAGGAUAUUUCAUAGCUCCACCAGGUAAUAUUCCUCUGCCAAAGGUAGAAGAGAGGAAUACUUUUCUUCACAAGGAAGAUUCUUAAUAGAAGAUUAGAUGCCAUCACCAAUUGCUUUGAGACACAUUGUCCAUUGUCAUUAGAAUUUUUAUAUCAAGUACCUCAUAUAAUUGGGAAUGGGGAGGAACAGGAACUGAAAUGACUGGUGUUGCUUAGCUGAGAAAAAGACAGAGCUGUAUGGAUUAGGAAAGAGUAUCAUUGACACUAAGUUUAACACAAACAUGGUGUGCAAAACAUGUCUACAACUUCUUUUAAAACCCAUACAAGAAUUCUGGUCAUAUUAAAAUGUUGUACUAGUUUACUGGUACAUUUUAUAGUAUUAAAUAUUUUAAUCACCCAACCUCAAUCACCAAAUCUCCCCAAAGAAACACAUAAUUGUGAAGAGACUAUGAUCAAAAGUCGUGAAAUGGGGAAGUUCAUAGGCCCAACCCUGUAAAAGUUUGGGAACCUGAGUAGAGAGGCAACAUUAGCCACAAGUACAAUUCCUCCAUAAACUGAAUUGCUGUGAGCAAAUAACAUAUAACCAUGGUUAGCACUGCUCAGUCAGUCUAGCAGGAACAUGGAAAAUAUCCAGAACUGUUGUGGUUUAAAGCUUAAAUAUAAAACUGUUGAAAUACAGCCUUAAGUGAGCUACUGAUUGUUAGUCCAUAAGUUGGCAGACAUUAGCCCAUGCUGAGAUCUACUGAUUAAAUCUUAUUCAGAUCCUUAAAAUGGAGUAUUCAGGACUUUAGAAAUAUCAGAAACGGGGACAUUAAUAAAUGACACACAUGCUUCUGUUUUUGAAAAAAAAAUCCCAGCACAAAAGAGGGACCAUGUAUUACUGCUGAGGGCAGAACAUUCUGCAAAAUGGAAUUCAAACAUUCACUUUAUGAGUUCAAAUUACUGUUUCCUUGUUAUUCGGUCAUGAAACAAAAUAUUUUCCAGGAAAACUGAAUAAAAUGUAGCACAAUUGCUUUUAUACUUUGAAAUUUCUUUUUAAUUAUUGCAAAAUAUGAUGUGUAGUAUUGUGUAUUAAGAUAUGCUGUGGCAUUUAGAUUUAAUUAACCAAGGAACGAUGUUCAUCAUCUUUAGAGACAGUCUUCCAGAUGGGAAUGAGUUGCCUCAGAAAUGCAGCCCUUUUUUGGAUGAAGGAUAAUGUUUAGGCUAACUUCUCUGCGUGCCUAAGAAAUACAAAUUUUUUUGUGCCCAGUAACAGCAGUUUAUGGUUAGUAAGGUAUCUAAAAAUCCAAAAAUGGCCAGCUAAUUUUUUUGUGCUUUAUGGAGAGCAAGGGGAGGCAUUUAAGCCUUGCAAAGAAGAAUCCAAUUGAGGAGAGAGUUUUAUUUUAAAAGAAGGAAAUUAGUGUCUUAAACCACUUUAAGUCUUAAAUCUCACCCUCCUCAAUAAGAUGCAUCUAAUGCUAUUCUGCAGGAUGAACCACAUUCAGGGUAUCUAAUCACUAAGCCACAAACAAGCCUUUUUUUUUUUUUUUUACUCAGCGCAUUUUGAACUCCAGCCACUAUUUAGCAAGCAAAGCACAGAGACUUUCUGACAAAUAUGCUACACUGGAUUUUGCAAUGGACAUACACUGCUUCGUGUUUUUCUAGCCAAAUGUUGCUACAUAAUUAUUUUAUCAUUGUACAUAAAUUGUAUUUCAUCUACAACACAGGCAGCUUGACCCAUUUUAUACCAAAAUGGCGUUAGUUUUUUCUUCCACUAACGCUUCAUAUUUGACUGCAGCUAUUAACAUGAUGCAGUAAGGCAUUAAUUCAGUAGAAGACCUGGGACUUUGCAGCAACUCACUUGAGCAAAGUCUCAAAAUAUGAUUCUCAAAGCCUAGAUUGGCAGCACUUCCUCUAAACUUGCAAGCUGGCUGAAAUGAAGCUUUCUUUAUAAGCUCUUAAUAUGUGGACAUUACAGACA